UGGGAUUUGAUCGUUUACGUCUGGAGUCCCGUUCCUCACAUCACGUAGUGAAUCGCCAUAAUUCCCCACAAGAAUAAAUCUGACCUGUUCAGUGUGACGAAUUAUAAAGAUUAAUAUAAAUCGAUAGACCGUCUAUCCUGUACAGCGCGUGUUUGGUCUCCUGCGUUACACUUGCCCAUAGGCGUUUAACGCUGGAUAGUAACCAUCGUUUCUGAGAAAGCACUGUUCUACAGUAACCUAAACCAAUGAACGAGAGUGUUGGCUUCUACAUUCCCCUUGGUGUUGUCUCCGCCUUUUGGUUUCUUGUUGGUGUCCUGGGCCCUGUUUUUGUACCGAAAGGACCUAGCAAAAUGCUCUUGUCUGUAUCGAUUGUGCUUACUGCUGUCUGUUGUUAUUUGUUUUGGAUAGGAUUUUACCUUGCACAGUAUCAUCCUUUUUUCGGACCUUCAUUGAAAACAGGAUCAAUAAGAAUUAUCCAACAGCAGUGGACGGUAAUAGCUUUGAUAAUUUACGCAACUAUAAACACGGUUUUUUUUCUUGUUAAUAAAGUUGGGGACGUCGAAGAUAUUGUCUUAUGCGGUUAAAUAAUUGUAGUCGCCAACAGAAAUUUCUCGAGCAAAUAAGUGUGUACUACUUUUUUCAGCCAGUUGCCAGCUGUAUUUCUACCUAUGAUAAUUCCUAUGUCAUCUAAUCGUAGUAAUGUCAGCAGUAUGUCUUCACUUCUGGACUUAUCUCUUCAAGCGAUCUGGCUAACAUAUCAGGAUUUCCCGAGUUGGUUUUCAAACCCAAAUAACGUUUCACAGUCAUGAAAAAAUCAAACCACUGCCUAGAUUGCAGACAGAUAUAGUAACUGAUUUAUAAGUCGGACUUGCGGAUCACUAUCUAGAUGAACUUUUCCCCAUUGAUAUAGCUGGUCGAAAACUGGCUCCGGGUAGACUUAUUUGCUUCGUGUUGUUUCAUAGAUAAACUGGUAGAUAACGCAAAUAGGUUUAAGAAGAACCUAUCUCAAUAAGUAGAAUUCUCUGUUACAAUUCAGUUGAUUGUUUACUUUACCGUAAAUUAUUUAUAAAGUAGAGGAAUGAAUUAUCUUUUCAUUUUUUUUGUUGUUAUUUUUGAUUCACUUCCAUGGAAAAAAAAACUCAGAGAACUGAUGUUUUUAUGCUAAUUUUUUAAGUUUCUAUUUUCUACUUUGUUUAUUGAUCGCCUUUUUUUUGUUUUUAAAAUAUGAUUGAUUAUAAGGUUAUUAAUUGAUUUUUCUUGAUUGAAUAAUAAAUUUUCUGAUCUAUCGAUUACUAAUAAUAGUGACUUGUUGAAAUAUCUUUGCUUUUUGAAUGUAAUUAGAUUUGCUCCGUUUACUUUCUGAGGAUAGGAUUGUGUUCUGUAGUCAAUAUAUUUUAAAUAUGUAUAAUCUGGGUGUCAUUGUAUUAGUGUUAUAACUUGUGACUGCCGAUUAGAGAGCAGUGACUUAUCGAUCGGAUCAAUGACGCGUAAAUCCCGUACGAGCAGUUUAGAUUCCUGAUUGAUCCUACUUCCCGCCUAGCCCAGCCAGUUAAGUUCAAAACGUCAAACCGAAUCUCUGCAAUAUGAAUCAUUAUAUUUCAAACAUACUGAGUUUAUAUACCAAUCAAACAAACCACAACGCACCAAUAAAUUAUGAAACAACAUUUGU